AUGGUUAAGCCAACCAAGAAAGAUGUUGAAUAUUUCAAUAAGAUGGACGACAAAAAUAUGAAAAGAAGUACUGCAAUAACAGCAGCACAUAGUUUAAACGAUUUUUUUAAUUCAGAACAUCAAGAUUUAUUGGAUAUUUUGGAAAACUUUCGUGCUCUAAAAAUGGAUCCUCUGACUGUAUUUCAUUGUCUAUUAAUUAUUUUGCCACAUGUUAGCGAUGAAUCGCAACUUUAUUCAGCCGAAAAAAAAUCCUAUAGAACUAUGAAAUUAUUCAGUAUUAUACGUGGCGAUUCUGUAUCGAAUAAAUCAACGUAUAUCAAAUUAUGUCGUCAGGCAAUUAGUUUCAUGGAAAGAAUGUUUCGAGAACAUUAUGUGGAUAAGAAUGGUACAUUUUCAUCUUGUAUUGAAAGUCUUACACAUGCCAAACUAACAAACAUUUUGGAGCGUACAUCAGUAUUUAUAUCGUCGGACGAAGAUAUUCCGUUAUCGGAGAUCGGUUUCUAUGAACCAAAAAAUUCAAAUUAUCAAAGUGUACAAGGCUUGAUUAUCAAUGGAUUUAAUGGUGUAUAUGACUUUAACCGAGCAACGAUGACAUAUAAUGCAAAAAUUCAAAAUCGGUCCAUUACCAUGUUGAUACCAACAACCGGUAAUCGAUGGCCGGAGAUUUUGUCGUACUUUCAUGGUACGUCAAAAACGAAUGGUAAGUAUAGGUUUCGUAGAACAACUGAAUUUAGUCAACAUAAGUAAUUAGGAUUAGAGCGCGUGUGAGAGAACGGGAAGAGGAACAACUAGUGCCUUGAAUAGUAGUAUAUAUGGAUUAGGCGAUUGGAUGUUUUGGCAGUCAUUCGCAUUUUGCGCUGCAUAAAAAAUUUGUAACUUUUUAAAAUUUAAAAAAAUUUAAAAGAGGGAGAAGACAUAAGCAAAUGUUAGCGACAUUUUGCUUUAUUUUCUGAUAAGAAAUAAAUUCCUUUAUUCAUUGCAGUCCCGCUAUUUUAGAUUCUAUGCACGACGCUGCUUGCUUACUUUUCAAUCCAUGCGGGUAUAUCGAAAAGGUGAUCAUACAAUUUAGCCUGAGAGAACCUUCAUCCCUUACUUACUGUACUGUGCUGCCUCCGUCUCGAAUAUUGAAAAUAUUUCCUUGCGUUGUGUCCAUGGGAAAGGAACAGAUUGUGGUAUUGAUUUGGUUGAGUAUGUAUCGUUUUUUCCCGAAGUUUUUUGUGUUUAUUAGCAACGCUUGAGGUUUUUUUAUGUAGACGCUAUUUGUUUUCUUUCUUUGUUUUUGUCGCUGGGCGGUGAGAGUGAGUGAAAAAACAACACUGACAAGUGGAAAGUGAACUGUACUAACGACUUCGACACUACUCAUUUCCAGUAUGUAUUUCUGUAGCAUAGUAGUGUAUUUCUGUAAUUUUCGGUUGCUAAUAUUUUUACUUUUUUCUUUUUGAAAAGACUUUGGUAGAGUACUUUGUGUAUAUGUGUACUCAGCGAGGUUACCCAGGUCAACUACCAUGCUGAAUUCGCGGCGCGACUCGCGAUAAAAAGUCGCUACGCGAUCACUAUAAUCUCGAAAAAAGUCGCGAUUUUCGCGAUCGCUAUGAAGUCGCGAUCCUCAAAACUGAUCGCACUGUUCACGCCGUCAGUCUUGUUCUUGUGACCCAAUCGCUAUGAUCUCUUGCAGCAACUGUUCCAGUCAUUACGCGAUCACUCGAGGAAUCACUAUUCUUGUAGUGAUUAUACGCGAAAAUGACUUUCUCGCGACGCGAGAAACGGUUAAUCGCUAAUUCACUGUUUUGUUUCGCAGUCGAUAGACAUUUAUAAAAGAACUAGAAAAACGUUCUCUUCUGAGAGAAAAUAUCCUUCUCCAGAAGAACGAGAAAAGACUUUGUAGAAAGGUAAAAUCUACAAAAUUGUUUCUCGUUCUUUUGUAUACUGCUGAACUGCAAAACAAAACAGUGAAUAGCGACUAACUGUUUCUCGCGGCGCGACAGCGGGAGUCGCUACGCGAGAAAAAAGGUCUAGCUUAAAAAUCUUUUUCAGAUUUUAU